AUGUUCAGGCCCGGAUGGUCUGUUCUUUUGGUUGACUUUGGUGCCGUCUCCCUUGUCGCCCUUACUCUCCCUCUUACUGCGCAAGACGGUUUCGAAAUUUCAACGAGAGCAUCUGCCGGCAACACCUUCGCCUCGCUCGGACCAGUGCAAAGGUGUAGAGGGCCAGAAGUGCACAACCGAAACGGGAGGAGAAGGACCCUUGCCUUCCAGAACAGCUGA